CUAAAACACCAUGGCUUCAAAGAAAGCCAGAAAAAAGAGCACGACAACAAGUGUCAGUCUGAAAGAGCCCGAUACCUAUCUACAAAACUGCCCAGAUCACAGCGGAAAUAAACUUUAUUUCUUUUGUCGCCCAUGCGCAGUUGCAAUAUGCCAUACGUGUACAAAAGAGGCACAUCUGAAUCAUGACAUUGAAAAUAUAUUCGAGAAUUUUAUGAGAAUGCGAGAGCGCAUGUUUAGUGAUAUACGAUGUUUGGAAGAUGUGAUACAACCGGAGUAUAGAAAAGUGGAGACACAGGUGCAGACGAACGUUCUAAAGCUGACCAGUGGAUACGAGCAGGCUAGAAAGGCGGUGGUCUUUAACGGGGAAAUCUGGCAUAAAGCAGUGGACGAUGCCGUGAAAAAAUGUCUGGAGAAAAUAGACAUUAUGGAAAAAGAAGAUUUUGCUAACCUUCGAGAACAGAGAAAAAUGAUCGCCAAUUUGAUUGCCGAAAUUCAAGCAUUAAUUGAUAAAAACAGGAAACUCCUAGAAGAAAAUGAUAUACCAGAGAUAAACAUUUAUAAAUCAAAAAAUGAAGAUUAUUUGAACAUUCCUACAGUUACUAGCAUCAUUGCACCUGUGUUUAAAUAUAACGAAACAGAAAAUGUGCAGAUUCCAGAAAGAUUUGGUGCACUGAAAGCUUCGAUGACGAAGAAAUCUCGAGAGUAUGUCAUCAAUUUUACAGCAAUGACGUCACCUAAGCAAAAACAGUCUGUGCUUGAAAACCCGCUCGUUAUUCGCAAGGUUAGCACGAAGUUUGACAAGUGUUGGAGCGUGCAAUGCGUAAAGGACCAACAAGCGUGGAUAAGCGGAGAUGUGGAGACCGUGGCCAAAGUGGAUAUACAGGGGAAUAUGUUAGAAAAGGUUUCCACGAGAUCAAAACAAGCACCAUUUGAUUUAUCAAUGACGUCAAAGGGGGAUCUAAUCUACACAGACUACGGCGAAAAAACUGUCAACAUACUGAAGAAAGGAAGAUUCGAACCCUACAUUAAGUUACAGGGAUGGAAUCCAUUAGGAAUAUGCUCGACAGAAUCUGGUGAAAUCUUACUAUGCAUGGACAAUCGAAAUGAUGUACCAAAGCAAAGAGGUCAAAAGGUCAAGGUCGUUCGCUACGUCAAUAAUUCUCCUACGCAAGAGAUACAGUAUGAUGAUGGAGGACUUCCUCUGUAUAUGCCUGGGGAUUUUGAUGUUUACAUCACCGUUAACACAAACCAAGAUGUCUGUGUAUCAGACCGAAACGCUAAAGCAGUGGUCACUACUGACAACACUGGUCGUUUUCGAUGGCGUUACUAUGGGAACAUACCAUCAAGAUUAUGUCCGUAUUUUGACCCUAGAAGUAUUACUGCCGAUUCAAACGGUCGAAUACUUGUUUCAGAUGCUGACAGUAACUUUAUCCACUUAUUAGACGACGGAGGCCAUUUUCUGAAACUUAUAGGAAAAGGGUUUCUAGAGAAACCAGUUGGUAUAAGUUUAAAUUCAGAUGGUAACCUCUUUGUUGUUGAGUAUCAUACAGCUAAAUUGAAAGUAAUAAAAUAUCUAAGAUAA